AUGGCGCAGCCCCUGCUCCGCAAGACUCUCUCCCGCCUGCGCCGCAAGGAGAGCCGCGGCUGCCCCAAGGCGCGAGGCGGAGAUUGCCCCUUGGAGUCGCCGGGUACCUUGGAGUGCUUUGCUGCCCAAGGGAAGCCUCUCCCAUCAGACGAGGGAGGCGGGAAAGCUGCCGCUGUCACCGUGUCUCGGAAGCAAAAGUGGGCCAAGGUCGAGUCGGGAGUCCGGGAGGAUUCCUGCAGCGGGGAGUCUUGCUUCUCCCAGCCGCCGCGAGGAGCGGUGGCGCAGGACGAAACGCCGUCUCCUGAGAUCUCCGGCGAGGGGGCCACCAGGCCCGAGGUGGCCACUGAGAUGCCGGCUGGCUCCGUGGAGGUUUGCAGCUCGACCGUGAGCCUCAGGUGCAGCAGCCGUGGGGCUUACUUGCAGAGCCUGGAGAGGAGCAGCCGGGAGUGGGUGCUCUCCUCGGGGAAGGCCCCGGGGGUGGAGGAGCCGGCUGCCAGCACUAGCCCUGAGCUCACGGAAGCCGUAGCAUUCUGCAGUAGUGAAGGGGAGAUCUGGUACAACCCCAUCCCUGAGGACGAGGACCUGCAACCCCCCUCCCCCGGCAGGACAAAGGGCAGCAGUGCAGGGACCAAGGAGGCGAAGGACAAGAAGCCCAAAGAGGAAGCCGCGGCUGGGGGGUCACAGCCGUCUUCGCCAAGCCAGUCAAAGCCAGCAGUGCCUUCUGAGGAAUGGGUCGGUCGUCAGCACCAGACACGUGGAAAGGUGCCAGUCACGAGUCCAGGUCCCGAAGAAAGGGCAACAGGCCAGAGCCCCAGUGCCCACAAGAAGGACCAUCCUCCCCACAAGACAAAGCCCUCAGGGCCCGUGCGCACCCUUUCCAUGAAGAUGAAGAAGCUGCCGGAGCUGAGGCGAAGGCUUAGUCUGCGCAGCUUCCGUCCCCGGGGGCAGGAGGCAGAGGGGAAUUUGUCCCCCAAGGAGUCGCGCAACGUCAUCAGCCGCUACCACUUGGACAGCAGUGUGGCUUCUCGGCACCACCCAGCCAGGGACGCAGCUAUGAGCAAAGGGGACUGCUUCAGUGACGGCGAUUCCCCAGAGCUCCCGGCCAAGACCGAUGCCCGCUUCUUGGGACUUGAAGGCACCUCCUUCCAACCGUACAGAUUUGCAGAGCAUCCCGGUUGUCUGCAGCCUCUCUCUGGCCUGGUCAGCAUCCACCUGCUGGGAGUGCAGGACUUUAGGCCUCCCCGAGCUGAAGCCAAGGAGGUCUUCUGUGUCCUCCAGGUGGACUCCGUCAACAAGGCCCGGACGGCUCUGCUCCCAUGCCGGUCGGCCUCCCUCAGCCUCAACCAUUCUUUCCAGCUGGAGCUCGAAGACUCCCGGCUCCUCAAAAUUGUGAUCUUCUCCUGCGAUCCUGCAGCGCAGAGGAACCGGGUCUGCUGCUGCGGCACCAUCCUCCUUCCCCACAUUUUUCAAGGCUCCAGGUCUCAGCAGCUGGCCAUGCAGCUGCAGCCCCGGGGACUCCUGUAUAUCAAGCUUACCCUCCUGGAUCAACGGGGGCCGGCCAGCGGCGUUGACAAGCCACAGGUCUUUGGAGUAGAGCUGAGCCAGCUGGUGGAGAGGGAGAGGGCCGCCCUCAAAGUGCCACUGCUGAUACAGAAGUGUGUGGAUCAGAUCGAGAAACGAGGACUGAAGAUUGUGGGUCUGUAUCGCUUGUGUGGGUCUGCAGUGGUGAAGAAGGAACUGCGCGACGCCUUUGAGAAGGACAGUGAUGCCGUGGUGCUCUCGGAAGAGUUCUACCCGGAUAUCAAUGCUAUUACAGGCAUCCUGAAAGACUAUUUGCGUGAGCUGCCGACACCCCUCAUCACUAGCCAUCUCUACCAGGUGGUACUAGAGGCCAUGUCUAAUCGGGCAGCAGGCCAAGAUGUUGAGGAGACAACAGGGUUUUUGGAUUGCUUGCCGGAGGCUGAGAAGGCGACCCUGCGGCUGCUGCUGGACCACCUCAGUUUGGUUGCUGCAUUUUAUGACUUCAACCGCAUGAACGCCCAGAACCUUGCUGUGUGCUUUGGGCCCGUUUUGCUCAGCCAGGGACCGGGGAGGACGGGGGGCCACAGCCUCGACUCCCAGCACCCGUCCGUCUCCAGCACCGUGGACUUCAAGCACCACAUCGAAGUGCUGCACUAUCUGUUGCAGGCCUGGCCGGGUGAGCAGUGCGCAGCUCAACAGAGGAUGGCAGAAGCCGGUGAGCUCAUCCCGCCCACUGAGCACCACCAGUGGCCCCUUUCUCUGGAUCUGCCAGAGCAGCAACCCACAGUCGUGGUUCGGAGCCAUUCAAGAGGCCCGGAAAGCCCUCCCACCAACCGCUAUGCUGGGGAUUGGAGCGUUUGCGGGCAGCACCUGUCGCUGGCACCCCCCAGGGAAAGUGGCAUCCACAAGAAGGCUGCUGGGAGCGAGAGUGACAAUGAAAACGACAAAGAGGCUGCCCUGAGAGAUGGUCUGAUGUGCCACGGGCAGGGCAUCUUCUUGGACAGCUUUGCCUUGGUGGAGGACCCGGAAGAUGCCUUCAGCCCAAGGAUCAGUCUGAAGGACUUUGAUGCCCUGCUGAUGGACCUGGAGCAGGAGCUCUGCAAACAGAUCAAUGUCUGCCUGUGAUAUCUUUCCUUGGAAUA